CUCAGUCUUAGUUGAACACUCGCAGUGAAACGACUACGUGUUCCCCCUCACAAAAACUAAUAGAAACUAUGAAGUGCCUGGGUUUAUUGGUCCUUUUGGGUCUUUUGGUCACCCUCUUCGCAGGAUACUCGGAGGCCGCUUUAUGUACCUGCGACCUCAAGACGAAGGGAUCGGAGGUCUGUGGCUCAAAUGGGGUCACCUACAAAAAUCGCUGCGAGUUCGAGUGCACUCAGAGGGAACUCAAGAAACUUGGACGGACCCUAAACAUACGGAAUACUGGUGUUUGUGGAUGAUUCGAACUAAGAGAACUUGGAAAUCUUUCUUCUAAUUGAAAUUACAUAUGAACUCAUACCUUUUAUACGAAUAACAGUAGUGCAGGCUUCACCAAUUCAAAUGAGUGCUGUGAGAUAAUAUUCUUAAAUAAAUAAAUUACAAAGCCUUGUUUACUCUUAUCUUA